ACGCUAUUUGUGACCGUCCAUGGUUACAGGUAGAAAACUGGACCAAUAUCCAAAGCGAUAUGCCUCGACGAGAAUCUUUACAGACAAGAUCACUUGACGAAUAUGCAUGGAUUGGCUCUGCCUGUAACGCCGCCACACAACCUCUGUUUCUCUCACCUCUGCUCCAGAUCUCUGGCUCACCCUUGGCUUCUCUCUUUGCAAAACCAACCUAAACCUUCGAGACGGAUACGUAGAUUCUGGAAUUACAAGCAGAAAACGAGGAGUACAAGGAUUACCCCUUUGAGAGCGAGUCUCAGAGAGUCUCCUUAUGAGGUUUUGGGAUUGUCUCCCUCCGCAACUCUUGAUGAAAUCAAAAGGGCUUAUCGUAAACUUGCUCUGAAGUAUCACCCUGAUGUCAAUAAGGAGGCAAAUGCGCAGGAGAAAUUUAUGAGGAUUAAACAUGCAUACAAUACAUUACUGAAUUCUCAAUCUCGGAGGAAAUAUGACACUAGAAAUGAUGGAUCUGAUUAUUCCUAUUCUCGCGCUCAAACAAGCCAAAGUAGGAAAACACAAAAUGAAGAAGAGUUCUAUGGUUUUGGUAAUUUUUUGAGGGAUGUUCAAAUAACACUAGAGGACUUCUUUAGAGAUCUUCAAGAAGAAUUCCAGAAUUGGGAAGCAAGUGCUGCAUCACAAGGAAAGCCAAAGAGCCUAUGGGAAGAAUUGGCGGAAAUUGGAGAAGAAUUUGUGGAAUUUCUCGAGAAAGAACUCAACAUAACUGAUCAAGAGGCUGAAGUAUAUGAUGGAACUCAGACACGCAGUUCUUUUAGAACAUCUGGGACACAGAGAACAGGAAGUGGUGGUGAAGAUAAAGCUAGCGAAGGGAGCAACAUUGAGGAUAAUAUUGAUGAUAUAGAAGCAACUCUUGCUCAGUUGAAGAAGGAAUUGGGUUUAUAGAAGGGAAGUGCAAGUUUCCAGUGAUACUGAUGGUAUAGAAUCUAGUCUUGUUGAGAUGAAAAGGAAAUUGGGUUUAUAGGAGGGAAAUGCAAGUUUCCAGUGAUACUGAUGGUAUAGAAUCUAGUCUUGUUGGGUUUAUAGGAGGGAAGUGCAGCUUCAAAGGUGGAGAUCAAGUUUGUUGCUAUUUCAAACGUGCAAGUAAAUGCUGUAUAAUAUACAAUCAGAAUUAAAACCAAUUCCUUGUUCUUUUC